AUGGCACCCAAAAGAGCUCAUCCUGACCCCGAAGGAGCCCGCGCUCGACCCAAGCAUGGCAACUUCUCAUCUUACUACUCCAUCAGAGCCGAACAUGCGUCUUCGGAGUCUUUGAAAAGCAUUGGACGAGGAAGAGAUGCAAGUGAAAGCAAGCGACCGACACACGUCUCGUCCAGCAGUGUGGAUCCUAGGCUUGACGUCGUGGUGAAACACAUCCAGCAGCAUGUCAAGACGUUUACAGGGGGCGCUUCUUCGAAUGACGAGAUGUAUGGGACUUGGCCUACCCGGAUAUUGGAUGUCGGCUGCAACGAAGGCAGGAUGACAUGCGCAAUGGGUCAGUCAACUGCGUCCUAACUCAGAUUAGGGGCCCAAACAACUUACGACCAAAUUCGUUAUACCAGCGAGUGCCUUCCCGAACGCUCAAUCACACGGCGUGGACAUUGACGAGUCGUUGAUCAAGCGCGCUGGGGCUUAUUCUCGUCGCAUGGGUUUCUCACCAUGCGUGGAUCCACCGCGCUGUAUCGGCUUGGACAAGGACGUCGCAUCGAGUACGCAAAAACAGAGUUCCGCGCAUCUAGCAUUUCAUACGGCGGACUGGCCCAGGCUAUCCAUCGAGAAAGCUGUGUUGACCAGUCAACGUCACAUCUCAGAUGUUGCACCAUCUCAACACACUACUGAGCUGCUCGCAUCGCGGAGGCAAGAUCGUAGAGAGCUCUGCUUGAGCGCUCUUGCGCAUGAAGACGAUCAAGGCUGGGACGUAAUCCUAGCGUGAGUCUGCUGAAGAAGUACAUCGCUCACUCUCCAUCUCAUCCUUGGCUGUUUAGUUUAAUCGCUUAUCAAAUGCUCUUCUUCAGGCUUUCAAUAACCAAAUGGAUCCACCUUUCCCACUCCGAUCUCGGCAUUCGGCACUUCUUCAGCCGCAUUGCUCAAACCCUGUCCAAAAGGCCCCUAGGUGGCAUUCUGAUCCUCGAACCGCAACCCUGGAAGUCGUACGAGCAGGCCAGGCGCGUAAUAGGUGCUGAAGGUAGAAGAAGACACAAGAAGCUGCGUCUUCGACCUGAAGAUUUCCAAUUCGUACUGAUGAUGGAGCUGGGCUUCGCAGAGCCGGUGCGGCUGGGCCAGACGGCAGGCUAUGGUGCGUAG